AAAACUUUUUAUUUUAUAAUUUAUAUCCUCUCUUCUGUAAUAGUGAAUAUUUUAGCCAUUUUUAGUCUAUUUAUUUAUUUUUUUAAGUAAAUUUUAGCGGUUUGAAAUUGAAACACGAGUGCCCUCUGUUAGGAAACGGGCCCAACUUUGCUUUUGGUUAUUUAGAACUUGGGGAUCGCCUGUUGUCGCUUAGUACUUUGUCGUCCCGCGGAAUUGACUGAAUAGACGACACUGGAAUUUCCAUAAAUAUUUCGUUUCACUUGGUUAAAUCUCUGAUCCUCGAUCCAAGGUAAAAUGGCCCCAGACAUAUUGGACUGUAACCAGAGGGUGUUAUUAUGCCAACAAAUGCUUCUGCCGAAGAAAGUGGAUUCCGACGUCAUAAAAAAUGUUCUCAUCGGAAUGAACUGGGACAUUGCAGAGACGGUGAAAUUCCUAGGAAAAUGUAAUGUAAAGAACACUCCCAAUAUGAAUGUUUCAAAAUCUGGCAAUAAGCUGCAUUUCAAUAAACCAAUGGAAAAUGGCAAGAUGCAUCAUAGAGCCUUUAAGAAAAAGGAUUGUCAAAACAUUCUGGAUAAAUCAAAACUUGCAUAUAAAAGGAUAAAAAUGAUUAAUUCUCCAUUGGCGAGAAUCGAAGAGUGUAUCAAAGCUAAAUUUUGUAUUGUUAUUUUACUGCGUGGAUGCCCAGGCAGCGGGCGGACGACCUUAGCUAAAAAUAUACUACAGAAAGCCGGCGUCAUAGAUCAAAUAGGACAUUUAAUCAGCGCCGAUAAUUAUUUUUUUGACAAUACGAAUAAAUAUAACUUUAACAAGAACGAACUACCUGCAGCACACAGCUGGAACAAGAGGGUCAUGCUGCAUUUGCUCAAAGAGAGGAGAAGUCCCAUUUUUGUAGAUAAUAUACACUUAGAGGUAUGGGAGAUGAAAGAGAUGACGGAACUGGCCGUCUCUAAUAACUAUUUAGUCGAGACGCUCGAGCCGGAUACACCUUGGAAGUACAACGUGAAUGAGUUGUCCUCAAGAAGCCAACAUAGAAUAAGCAUCUCGUCGAUGAAACGACUUUUGGACAGGUUUCAGAGAAAUAUUUCUGGAGAAGAGCUUCUGAACAGACUGAAUCUUGCUUAUGGCAAAUCAGUACCUACAGCUGCUGCUCCAUUCACUCCUUGUUCAAAAAAUGUGAUACAGCUGUUAAAAAACAGGAAAUGUGUGAACAACAAACCUAAAAAAAUGGACCAACCCUCAAAGUUGCCCAGAGCCAAUCUUAAUAAGUAUGAAGACGUUUUGAGAAUUUAUAAAGGACUUCAACAACAAAAGAGUACAGAGCAGAGGAUUUUCAUGUAUGCCAAAAGUGGAAUAUCUGUCAUGAUUUUCAUGAGGGGUUGUCCAGGUAGUGGUAAAACGACUCUUGCCAGAGGAUUCUUAGCCGCUUUGGGUGCCAAUCCUUCCGGCCAUCUAUUCAGCGCAGAUGACUAUUUUACAAACCCUAACAAUAAUUUUUACCAGUACUCGCAGUCGCAUAUCAGCCAAGCUCAUGCUUGGAACAGAUCUCUUGUUUCGAAAGCCGUGAGCGAAGGCAGAAGUCCAAUAUUUAUCGAUAACACACAUUUAGAAGCUUGGGAAAUGUUUGACAAUGCUAAAGUCGGUGUUGCCAAUGGUUAUAUAAUUGAAACUCUCGAACCGGACACUCCUUGGAAAACUUCAUCAUCAGUGCUUGUUUUGAAAAAUCAGCAUGGGGUGGAUGAAAAUACCAUUUCGAGAUGUAUGAGUAAGUUUGAACCAAAUAUUUCAGGAGAGGAAUUGUUACGAAGGUUGGAUGCAAAAUACACCUACUGUAAGCCCCCCGUGAUAGCGAAAGUAGCCAUGAACGCGCCUUUGUCAAAUGAUAUGUCCACUCUCUUAAACCAAAGGCUUCAGAAUAUGUUUGCAAUCGAUAAUGUAGAGGAUAUGCUUAACAUAGACGGUUUGCCUCUUCUUGUUCCUCCUGUUCAGCCUACAGUAAAAUCUAGCUCUGAUCCUGCAAAUCUAGAUGUAUUAAGUUUGAACCUAGAGGAUACUAAGAAAAACUGGUCAAAUCUCGAAGACCUAAUCGGUCUUGAUUUAAGUUCGGCUUGGUCGAAAAUGAAUGCCAGUUCUUCAGGGGUGGAAGAAGACUCUUCGUCAUCGAAUGAAGAACGUUUUUCCGAUGUCCACAGUUUUAUACCAAGCUUGUCAUUGUCAUCACUCAAUUCAGAAAUGUCAAGUUUAAACAUUCGACAGCCACCUACUGACAGAAGGCCUUCACCGGAACCAGGAAAAGCUCAAGUCAAUGACUUAAUUGAUUUAGAUUCUCCUUUAAAUAAAAAUGAACUUGACCAUCUGGUUUUAAUGUUUCCCAGUGUAGCUAAAGAAGACAUUGAAAUAGUGUUUGAAAAUUUUGGGAGUAAUUUUGAUAAAACGGUCAAGGCACUUCUGGACUCGGGAGUCGAGAUGUCGGAGGAAUAUCUCAAAGGGAUGACUCCCCGGAUCACCGGUACCGAAGAAAAAGUGACAACAAACCCACACAAAAAAAAGAGGCAAAAAAAGAAAAAAAGCCAGAUGUCUGAAGAGAAAAAGCAAUUGGCCAAAAGUAUCGAAAGCAAAUUUCACUCUGAAAUCCCAGUUUCUAAAUACAAAGAUGUGAAGAAAGUCCCAAUAAAGACAGAUUUGAAUUCUAUCUCUGACGAAGAGUCACCGAUAGAAGAGAAGGUCGAAUUCAUUCCGCUCAACCUCGACAAACAAUUUGUUUUACAAUUACACGAAAGAUUCGCUACUCUGAUAAACCCAACAAUGAUAAAUGAAAAAACAAUGGUUGAGGUUCCAAUAGAACUGGCAAAACAGCUCCAUGCUUAUACGGUAGAAUCUGUUUAUCGAGACAUUGAAUACGAAGAGUUAACACUUGAAAUACUCAAGAAAGAAACAGAUUUGCAAAAGCCAGAUGAAAACCUCAUGGAAGAAAGUAGCGAGAAGCCCCUCAGCUUUCUAGAAAUAAUGGAUUCUGAAAUUGCUCAAAGAUUAGCCAAUAAUGAAAAGAAGAAAGAUGGUGCCCAAGAGGCAACGGUGGCAAGCAAAUUGUCAAUUAAUUUACUCGCAGAACGAUUUCCUACUGUAGACAAAUUCGCUCUGCCUAUGAUGCUGGCAGACAUGAACAACUCUUUACAUGAAGUGACUGCGCUUUUUAUCAAUGCAGGUCAUAUGCCUCAAUUUUCACAACAACCCUCUUCCUCAAAAGAUGAAGUGCAAAGUCUGGAUUUUAUUGAUUAUUGCUCUCCUGAGGAAGCUUUGAUCGAAGCCGAAAAUCAUAGGCUCAUCGCAGAAAAGUUCUACCAGCAGAGGAGAGAGUGCAUAAGCAAAGCUCAGGAUUCAACUGGCCACUCAAACUUGGCGAAGAUGCAGUAUUACCUUCAAAUGGUCGAUUGGUACAAACGGCUAAUGGAGAAAGCCAAUUCAAAGGCGGCUAAGGCCAUGUUAAAGGGCUACGAGGGUGCCACUACGCUCGACUUGCAUACAUUGAGCGUCUCCGAGGCGACUCUGUUGCUCGAUCUUUUCCUCGACGAGCACAUCCGCUUACUGAAAAAGAAGAAUAGUAGAAAAGAAGUACUGUACAUUAUCACAGGCCGCGGUGCCCAUUCAGUAGGAGGGAAGCCAAAAAUCAAAAACGUCGCUCAACAGCGUCUCGCCGCUCGUUCUGUACUUUUUGAAGAGCAAAACCCAGGAAUGCUCAAAGUGAUAAUCAAUCGGAACAGCCACUUCGUCAAUUCGAGCAGAACCGACUCCAACAGCUAGAACAUACAACGGUUUGACCUUUCUUUUUACUUCACUUAAGACAAAUUUUUAUUCAUACAUAUAAAAUUAAUCUGUUACCAAAAGGAUAUCUCGUUGCAUUUAUUCAAUAUUAUCUUGUCCUGGUGCAACAAAUAUUUCAACGUGCAGGACAAAAAAAAAAAAAAAA